UUGCUCCCGCCCUGCCUCGCGCCGCCGCCACCGCCACUGCUGCCGGCGCCGCUCCUCCUCCGUGUCAGUUGUUGGGCUGUAAUGGCGACUGGGCCGCCGCUGCCGAAGUGACUCCCGGGCGGGGGAGCGGGGCCAGACCUGCGCCAGAGGGAACUGCAGAGAGCCGCAGCUCAGGGGCUGGCUUGCUGUGGGGGAGGGGAGGCAGCCUUUCUGCCUCUCCUUCCUUCUCUGCAGACCCGCGGCUCCCGGGAGCCGGUGCGAGGCGGGCACCCGGUGCGUCCCCGGAGCGGGGAGGCCAGGCCGGGCAGCCCUGGGGCCGGUAGGGGCGGCGUCACUGCACCCUCCGCCAGGCCCCGCGGGAUGCACCGUGGGAGCCGAGGGCGGAGGCGACACUCUCAGGUAAAUUGGCAGGAUGAGGAGCAGCAAAUCAAAAGAGGUGCCUUUACCAAGUCCAAGGAGCUCUCAAAGCAAGGAUGCUGUGCAAGCAGAUAUAACCACAUCGUGGGAUGCACUUUCUCAGACCAAGGCUGCUCUGAGACACAUUGAAAACAAAUUAGAAGUAGCCCCUACAAGUACAGCUGUUUGUGAUUCUGUCAUGGAUACCAAGAAAUCUGCAAGUGCUACUCGAAAAAUAAGUAGAAAAGAUGGUAGAUACCUGGAUGAUUCUUUGCUCAAUGCUCCAACCUCCAAAUCUUCUAAAUCACGAAAAGAGAAAUCUCGUAGUCCUCUCAGAGCUACCACCCUGGAGAGUAAUGUAAAGAAAAAUAAUCAUGUGGAAUUUCGUGAACCUUUGGCUUCUUACAGGGAAAUUCAUGGCACACCUUCCAAUAUAAGUCCCAGCCCUUUAGAGUCAAAGCAUGCAUAUUGUGUGGAUGUCAAUGAAGAAAAGCCUGAGAAUGGGAACCGGUUGAUAAGCAGUCGAGAAGAACGGAAUGUACACCGCUGUGAUUUUGAGAGUUCCCAAUCAUCUGUCAUCAAUGAUACUGUUAUUAGGUUUUUAAACGAUAGACCAGCAAUUGAUGCAUUACAGAAUUCUGAAUGUUUGAUUAAGAUGGCAGCUUCUAUGAGAACUGAGGAAGAAAAACCUAAUAGAACAAAAGGAAACGAAAACAAUUUGAAGGCUGCUGUCAGUAACAUGGGCCAUAAUGUUGAUCCAAAAGUGUUACGGCUAACUGACUCUUCUCCAUCUUCUACUAGUACUUCUGCUUCCCAAAGAUUAGAUACCUUAAAGCGGCGACAACAUGAUGUCAAACUAGAAAAACUCAAGGAGCGGAUUAGGAAACAGUGGGAACACUCUGAAGAAACAAAUGGUCGGGGCCAGAAUCUGGGUCAUAUUGACCACCCAGUAAUGGUUGUUAAUGUUGAUAACUCAGUGACAGCAAAAGUCAGGAAAGUGGCAACAGCACCACCUGCUCCAGCAUAUAAAGGCUUCAAUCCUUCAGAGACCAAGAUUCGAACACCCGAUGGCAAAGUGUGGCAGGAGGCUGAAUUUCAAAACAUGAGUAGAGAACUGUAUCGAGACUUAGCACUUCACUUUGAAGAUGAUAUCUCUAUGAAAGAGAAACCAGCUGAAAAAAGUAAAGAAAAGAAAGUGGUCAAGCCAGUACGAAAAGUCCAAAAGGUAGCACAAUUAUCAAGUCCAGAAUGCAAAACAGGUAGUAGCCGUCUGAUAAGCACAUCUUCUUGGCGAGAUGGACAAAAAUUAGUAAAGAAAAUUCUGGGACCUGCACCCAAAAUAGAGCAAAAAGAGCGAAGAACAGUAUCAAGUGACAGAAGUGGAAGAGAGAGAACUACUAAAUCUGGGAGUCAUAUUGGGAGAGCAGAAUCUGAUCCCAGGUUGGAUGUUUCGCAUAGACAUCUCCCACGAAACUCAGAACAUUCAAGUAGAGCUCGGUCUGAAAAUAAUAUAAAGAAAUUAGCUACAUCUCUUCCAGACAAUAAGCAGGAGGAAAAUACUGCCUUAAAUAAGGACUUUUUACCUGUUGAAAUUCGUGGAAUUCUUGAUGACCUACAACUGGAUUCUUCAGCUCAGGCUACAAGGCAAGAGACAGGAGAGUUACAGAAUCAGAAGUCAUCAGCACCAGUACAAGCUUCUAGGAGUCAUAGCCCAAUAAAAAGAAAACCUGACAAAAUAACAGCUAAUGACGAUCCCCCUGUCAUUUCUAAAAAGCGCCACUAUGACACAGAUGAGGUACGACAGUACAUCGUUAGACAGCAGGAGGAAAGGAAGAGGAAGCAGAAUGAAGAGAAGAAGGCUCAAAAGGAGGCCACCGAGCAGAAGAACAAACGAUUGCAGGAGCUGUACCGGAAGCAGAAAGAAGCCUUUACUAAAGUAAAAAACGUGCCUCCUUCUGAGCCGUCAGCAACUAGGCGGCUGCAGGAAACUUACUCCAAAUUAUUACUAGAAAAGACCUUGCUCGAAGAGCCAACUCAUCAACAUGUUACGCAGGAAACACAGACCAGACCAGGGUAUCAGCCAUCUGGAGAAUCUGACAAAGAAAACAAAGUGCAGGAACGUCCCCCAAGUGCAUCUUCCAGCAGUGACAUGUCUCUUUCGGAACCUCCUCAGCCUCUUGCAAGAAGGGACUUGAUGGAACCUACAUGGAUGCAGCCUGACAGAUUGAGCCCACGAGUCCACCAUUCUCAACCACAGCCUCCUAUUGGAACAGCUGGAAAUUUACUCUCCCAGCUCUUGAGUCUAGAGCAUGUAGGGCUUUUGCAUAAGGAUUUUGAAUCUAUUUUAUCAAGCAGGAAGAAUCAUAAUAUGGCUUCAGGGCCAUUAUCCUUUACACCUCAACCACAUCUGACCUCCCCAGUUGCUCAUUCAGAUGCCUUGUUAAAACCUAGUACCAGCCAAUUUAAGAGUAAACUGGAUCGUAUCGAAGCCUUGAAAGCAACAGCUGCUUCUUUGUCUAGCAGGAUUGAAAGUGAAGCCAAGAAAUUAGCUGGGGCUAACAUUAAUUAUGGGUCAGUAUGGAACACUGAGUAUGAUGUGCAGCAAACGCCUCAAGAAGAUGGACCGUGGACCAAGGCUAUAAGUCCACCUGUGAAAGAGGAUACUGAAGACGUUUUCUCUGCCCGAAUUCAAAAGAUGCUGGGAACUUGUGUAUCUCAUGCAACUUUUGAAGAUGAGCUUCCUGGUGUGGGCAACCUUAGUGAAUUUAAAAAGCUUCCUGAAGUGAUAAGACCUCAUAGUGCCAUAUCCAGCUUCAGAAUGAGAUCCCCUGGUCCCAAACCAGAAGGGCUGCUGGCACAAUUGUGUAAGAGGCAGACCGACUCUUCCAGCUCUGAUAUGCAAGCUUGUUCUCAAGACAAAGCCAAAACGUCUCUUGGUUCCAGCACAGAAUCAGUCAGUGAAGGUCCUCUUCUUAGUGAGGGAAGUCUCUCUGAAGAAGAGGGGGGCCGAGAUGGACGGCCCCCUUUGAAGGUAGCAGAAAUCUUAAAAGAAAAGGAAUUUUGUGCUGGAGAAAGAAAUGCUUAUGAACCCAUCAAAGAGUUUCAGAAGGAAGCUGAAAAAUUCUUGCCACUUUUUGGGCACAUAGGUGGUACACAAGGCAAAGGACCUUGGGAAGAAUUGGCAAAGGGAAGUCCACAUAGUGUCAUUAAUAUUUUUACAAAAUCGUAUCAAUUAUAUGGAAAAGGGCUUGAAGACAGGAUGGAAAGAGGAACAUCAGCAUCGCGGCCUUCGAAUGCCAUCCCAAGCCCUCUGAGCAGUGUUUCGUAUGAAGAUGAUUUUGUCUCCUCUCCAGGGAGUGGGACUUUGACAGAAAAAAAAUCAGCUCUUGAACCUAGUAUUGGUGGUAGCAAUUUAGGCCUUCAGGAGGAACAUUCUAGCAGAAAGUCUGCCUAUGACCUUGCCUCUGUGGAUGUCACCUCCCAGCAUUCAUCAGGGGCCCAGUCUGCUGCAUCGUCUCGGUCAUCUGCUUCUUCUAAAGGAAAGAAGGGAAAAAAGGAAAAGAUAGAAUGGCUGGAUUCACUCACCGGAAAUGUUCAGAACUCACUUCUUGAUGAGGAAAAGGUGCACUCUGGCUCAGAACGUGGCUCUCAUCGGGGAAAGAAAUCUGGGGCCAGUAGCAAACUUUCUGUCAAAGGUUAUGAACAGACUCUUGACACUGACAGCACUUUGGAGGACCUUUCUGGGCAUUCUGUGAGCAUCUCAUCAGACAAGGGAAGAUCUCAGAAGACUCCAACUUCUCCCCUGUCUCCGAGCUCCCAGAAAUUGUUGCAGUUUGACCUUCCAGGAACUUCAUUAGAAAGAUCUAAGUCCUCAGCAAUAAUGUCUCCAACAGUAACGGGAUUUAAGCCUCAUGUGGCUGAUGUGAACAUGGCCGCCAGCAGAACAACUACAGAGAUGACUUCAACACCAGGUUCUAAACGCUUUUCUCCUGCUGGUCUCCAGCAUCGUAUGGCGGCCGAACUCAGUUACUUGAGUGCCAUUGAGGAGUCUGUGCGCCAGCUAUCAGAUGUAGAGAGAGUUAGAGGCAUUUCACUUGCUCAGCAAGAGAGUGUGUCUCUGGCUCAGAUCAUAAAGGCACAGCAGCAACGCCAUGAAAGAGACUUGGCCCUUUUAAAAUUGAAGGCUGAACAAGAGGCUCUGGAGUGUCAGAGACAAUUAGACGAAACCCGAAACAAAGCAGCUCAGGUCCACGCAGAAUCAUUACAGCAGGUGGUUAAAUCGCAGCGGGAUGCAACUGAAGUCCUGCAGGAAGCAACUUGUAAAAUAGCUCCUCAGCCAGCAGAGCCCGCCCGCUUCACCACAGAUGCGGCAUACCAAAUCUGUGAGAUGACAGAGUUGACUCGAACUCACAUCUCAGAUGCCAUUACUGCUUCAGGACCUCCCCUAGCAACGCUAUAUGACCACCAGCGGCAACACGCUCCAGACUUCGUGAAACAACUAAGGACCAGAACUGAAAUAGAUAGGAAAAGUCCAUCUGUUUCACUCUCUCACGGUAAAGAAGGGACCCUUGACUCAAAGCAUCAGAAGUAUUCACCUUCAUAUGAUAGUUAUUCUGAGUCUUCAAGAUACAAGAAUCACGAUAGAAGAAGUAGUAGCGGUAGCAGCCGUCAUGAAAGUCCUUCAGUUCCAUCUUCUAAGGAAAAUGAGAAGAAACUUCAUGGUGAAAAGAUGGAGAGUUUCAUUGAUGAACAGGUGCAGACUGCUGCGGAUGAUUCUCUGCGAAGUGACAGUGUACCUUCUCUUCCUGAUGAAAAAGAUUCAACUUCUAUUGCAACAGAAUAUUCCCUGAAAUUUGAUGAAUCCAUGACAGAAGAUGAAAUAGAAGAAAAAUCAUUUCGAUCUUUACUGCCUUCUGAGAGUCAUCGCAGAUUUAACAUGGAAAAGAAGAGAGGCCAUCAUGAUGACUCUGAUGAAGAAACUUCCCCAGAAAAGACUAUACUGUCUUCUGCCAAGGAACUGAGCAUGCCAUUCUCAGGAGGACAAGAUAGCUUUUCUAAAUUUACUAUGGAGAUGGUUCGACAGUAUAUGAAAGAAGAGGAAAUGAGGGCAGCUCACCAAUCUUCACUCUUGCGUCUCCGUGAAAAGGCCUUGAAGGAGAAAACAAAGGCUGAAUUAGCCUGGUUAGAGCAUCAGAAAAAACAUCUGCGAGACAAGGGAGAAGAUGAUAAAAUGCCCCCACUACGGAAGAAACAGCGUGGUUUGCUUUUAAGGCUCCAGCAAGAAAAGGCAGAAAUUAAACGUCUUCAAGAAGCCAACAAGGCAGCUCGGAAGGAAAGACAACUGAUUCUUAAACAGCAGGAGGAGAUAGAAAGGAUCCGACAGACUACCAUAAAACUACAGGAGAAGUUAAAGUCUGCAGGGGAGAAUAAAUUGGAUUCUCAUAGUGAUGACGAUACAAAAGAUAAUAAAGCAAUCAGUCCUGGUCCAGCUGACUUAGAGACCCGCAGUCCCUCCCCCAUUUCAAUCUCCAGCAGUGAAACUAGCAGCAUUAUGCAGAAACUGAAGAAAAUGAGAAGUCGCAUGGAUGAAAAGUUUCUGACAAAGCGGGAGCAAAAACUAAUGCAGCGGCGACAACAUGCAGAAGAGCUACUAGAAUGGAAGCGGCGUUUAGAUGCAGAGGAAGCAGAAAUUCGUCAAAUGGAAAAACAGGCCUUGGCUGCCUGGGACAAAGAAUUAAUGAAACCUAAAACUCCUAAGAAAGAACUGGAGGACCAGAGAACAGAACAGAAAGAAAUGGUGAGUGAAGCUGAAUCUCCAGUACUUUCCUUCUCUCAUCUACCCAGUGAAAGCUCUAUUCCGGAAGAACUGGGCAGCCCUGCUAUUGAAUAUAUACCAUCCGCGUCUGUAGUUCAGGAGCAGCCAGGGAGUCCAGAUCGCAGUAUACUACUUACUGAAGACAUGGUUUUUUCACAAGAACUGGAAUCUUCUACUUCUCCUAGUAAACAUUCACCUCCCAAAAGCUGCACAUCUGUGUCAAAGCAGGAGUCUAGCAAAGGAAGUCAUAGGACUGGAGGACAAUGUCGUCUACUUGUCAAGUCCCAUCAACACUGUUAUAGUUGGUCAGAUGAGUCAUUAUCUAUGACACAGUCAGAAACUACUUCGGACCAGAGUGAUAUCGAAGGUAGGAUCAGAGCUCUGAAGGAUGAGCUACGGAAAAGAAAAUCUGUCGUGGACCAGCUGAAGAAGGAACAGAAAAAAAGACAGAAGGAAAGACUCAAAGCCCAGGAAGCCAGUCUGAUCAAACAGCUAGAGUCAUAUGAUGAAUUCAUUAAGAAAACUGAAGCCGAGCUUAACCAAGAUUUGGAAACCUCACCAACAGCCAAGCCUCAGAUUAAAACGCUCUCCUCAGCCUCUGAAAAACCCAAGAUCAAGCCCCUUCCACUACACAGAUCUGAAACAGUGAAGAAUUGGAAAUCACUAACAGACUCAGAACGUUCCAGAGGAUCCCUGGAGGCUAUUGCUGAACAUGUUGAUGCAGGUUCUGAGAGAUCAGUAUCAGAAAUGUCUUUAUCUGCAUAUGCAAAGAGAGUGAUUGAAUUGGACAGUCGAACAGAAGAACAUUUUCAGACUUCAUCCCCAAUUCUCAGAUCAUCAAGGAAAACCAGAGCUGAAUCUGGAGAUUCUCUAGAAAAUGUACCUUCUCUUCUCAAAGAAUUAAAUACCUCUAAUAGAAUUCCGGAUAAGUCAGAUGCCCAGGUUGAAGAAGAAGCUACUCAAAAAUCAGAAAUACAAGAAAUAAAUUAUGCAAAAUUGGAGGAGAGUGGAAUUGAAGAUGCCUAUUUUAAACAAUCUAGGCAGUCUGAUGUCUUACUGAAAGUGGACCUGGAACAGGGAGAUUCGUCUGAAAUCCUUUCAAGGAAAGAUCUUCCUUUAGAUUCUAUAAAUGUUCACAAAGAUUUAGUUAGAUUAACCAUUGAAAAUCUUCAUAAAAAAGAGUUGAAAGAGAGACAAUCAGAUCAAGAUAUGGACCACAGUCAAAACAUCCAAUCAGAAAAAGAUACUCGUGAACAAAAGAACAUAAAGGAAAGGGACUCAUCUUUGUCAGAACAUCUUUUUGCUCCUAAGGAGGUAUCAUACUCUGAAGAUUUUGAAGUGUCUUCUUUCAAGAAGGACAUCUCAGCUGAAUUGUACAACGAUGACUUAGAGGUAUUAUCUUUGUUGUCACUCAGGAAAGAUUCUCAGUCUUGCAGGGAUAAGUCACAGCCAACAAGGAGCUCUAGGAGUAGAGCCACUAGCUUUGGUAGCGAUGAUGAAAUCAGUGAGUGCCUCAGUGAGAAAAGCACUUCUAUUCAUAGCAGCAUCCACUCCGAAAGGCUAUUAGAACUCAAGUCCCCCACUGAGCUUAUGAAGAGUAAGGAACGCAGUGAUGUAGAGCAUGAACGGGGAGUUCCCGAAUCCUCUUCCUUGGCUUCUGUUUCUGUUGCAGAUGAGCUACUUGAUUUCCACAUUGGUGAUAGGGUAUUGAUUGGCAAUGUUCAGCCAGGAACUCUUCGAUUUAAAGGUGUGACUAGUUUUGCUAGAGGAUUUUGGGCUGGAGUAGAGUUGGAUAAACCUGAAGGAAAUAACAAUGGAACAUAUGAUGGCAUUGUAUACUUUGUGUGCAAGGAGAAGCAUGGUAUUUUUGCUCCUCCUCAAAAGAUUUCUCACAUUCCAGAGAACUUCGAUGACUAUGUAGACAUAAAUGAAGAUGAAGACUCUUACUCAGAUCAACAAUAUCGAUACUAUAAUCAGGAACAAAAAGAUACAAUGGGUCCCACGUUUGCUAGAGAAAAGGAUGCAGCUGAGUAUUUUUAUGAGAAAUCUGUACCUAGUAUGCACGAUGUAGAAGCCUCAGCUGAUAGAAGCCUUAAAUUAGAAACAGAAAAUAUACGGGACAUUUCUGGGGACCUCGAAGCCCAUGUUCACCAGCAGUCUUCAGUGGAUUCACUGUCUUCAAAGGAAAACAAAGACCUUGUUUCUGGUGCCACAGAGAAGGUUUCCAUUGCUGCAGAAGACGAUACUUUAGAUAAUACCUUUUCUGAAGAAUUAAAGCAGCAGCAACAGUUUACAGAAAAAGAAGAGAACCUAUAUCCCAAGGUUUCAGAAAAGCUUUCUACCCCACUUCUGGACCUUUUAACAAGAGAAAAGAACCAGUUGGAAGCCCAGCUGAGGUCAUCACUAAGUGAGGAAGAAAAGUCAAAGCAACAACUAGAAACAGUCAGCUUACUAACAGACAGUUUACUAAAAGUCUUUGUAACGGACACAGUCAGUCAACUACAACAAAUCAAAAAAGCUAGGAAUGAGAAAAUUCAGCUUAGCAAUCAGGAGCUUCUCGACAACGAACAAAAGAAAGUGCCGCUCCAAGGCCCAUCCCAGAAUCUUGAGGAACAGUCACCAGGUGUUCCAGGUUGCUUCUUAGAAGAUGAAAAAGAAGAGAUUUCCUCACCCGAUCUGUGUCCUAGACCUGAGAGUCCAGUAUUUGGCGCCAGUGGGCAGGAAGAGCUUGCUAAGAGACUUGCUGAACUUGAGAUCAGCCGGGAGUUCCUGAGUGUAUUAGGAGAUGAUCAAGACUGGUUUGAUGAAGACUUUGGUUUGAGCUCUUCUCACAAGAUCCAAAAAAAUAAGGCAGAAGAAACAGUUGUACCUCUAAUGGCAGAACCUAAAAGGCCUCCCCCAAAGCCAUGUGAACCACUCUUGGCAGUCCCACAUACCGCAGAGGACGUGGAAGUUCUUGUACAUGAUGCAGCAGAAGAACUUUGGAGAUGGAAAGAAUUAGGUCAUGACCUUCACAGCAUCAGUAUUCCUGCAAAACUGCUUGGCUGUGCCAGUAAAGGUCUAGAUAUAGAAAGCACUAGUAAGAGAGUCUACAAACAGGCGGUUUUUGACUUAACAAAAGAGAUUUUUGAGGAAAUAUUUGCUGAGGAUCCCAACUUGAAUCAGCCUGUCUGGAUGAAACCAUGCAGAAUCAACUCUAGUUAUUUUCGGCGCGUGAAAAAUCCAAAUAACCUUGAUGAAAUCAAGAACUUUAUAGCAACUGAAGUACUCAAGUUGUUCAGUCUUAAAAAGGAGCCAAACCACAAAACAGAUUGGCAGAAAAUGAUGAAAUUUGGAAGAAAGAAGAGAGACCGGGUGGAUCACAUUCUGGUGCAAGAGCUCCAUGAAGAGGAGGCACAGUGGGUGAACUACGAUGAGGAUGAGUUGUGUGUGAAGAUGCAGCUGGCUGAUGGGAUCUUUGAGACCUUGAUCAGAGAUACUAUUGAUGUUCUGAAUCAGAUCAGUGAAAAACAGGGGAGAGUGCUACUUGUGUGACAUCUUGCAAAUAAACUGAACACUGAGUGCUAAUGUGAGUCCUGGGCCUUUCUGCCUCCUGAUACACACCCCAUCUCCAUCAUAGCAAGAGUGCUUCUGGACCUUGUACCUGUUCUUAAAGACUACUGGUUUGGAGUCCACGGGACGGUGCGGUAUAUCUGGUAUUACAGCCUUUGCCUUUAGAGACUGUCCACUGGACUAAUGGGGUAUUUUCAGUGGGCAGGGUUGCACACCUGAUGUUGACACACGGUAUAACUCUGCACCUCUCAUUAACACCCCUGCUGGGUGUCAGAUGAGGGCUGAAAACACCAGACUUACCUCGUAGCUUAGACUAGAUAUCACUUCCUUGAGUCUGAAGUCAGGCAGGAGAGGAUAUAAAUAAAUGCAUUAGACCAUUUCUAAAAUGUAAUCCUGGUCUAUACCAUGAAAGUCAUAAAGGAUAUUAUAGUUUCUAAACAGUAUUAAACCCUUAACCACUUCUAAAUAGGCAAGUUUGAUGACGUGUGCCUAUUCCACGUGCUGGAGUUCAUUUCAUUUCUUUUUGAAGACCAUUUUCCAUUAUCAUAGUUGAGCAGCACCAAGUAGGCUGUCAGGUUAAUAGAAGUCAGUGGUAGCCUUGUUUUCUGAGCACCAUCUAAAGAAUUUUAAACCUUUGCAUUAUUUUUAGUUUUCUCUAUUUGGGCAUGAAUACAGAGAAAUGUCCCACUGAAGACUGGGCUCCAAGGACUGACGCAGGGCCGGUCCCUCUGCCCCUCAUCCAUCCCAACUUUCCUUGCUCCUUCUGAACCUCUGCCAGCUGCUCCCAGAUUCGCAGAUCCUCAGGACCAUCUCAGGCAUCAGGCACGGCAAAAGUGGAAAUAAGUCAUUUUGGCCUUCGAACUUUCAACUCCUAUCUCUCCCCAAGAAGUCAGAGACACUGUUACUUGAAUGAUUUAGGAAAUGAGUGUGCACCAAAGACAAAAAGAUAUUUUCUGUUGUUUGUGUGCUGCUUUUGUGCUAUGGAACAUUUUUUAAUUUAUUUUAAGAUAAAUUAUUAAGUUGAAAAUGUGUGUCUCUAUUCAGAAGUGGAAGAUUCUUCAUCUAAUAGUUACACUUCUAUCUUGAAGCUUCUAUGGCUCAUAGUCCUUUGCACAGGAAAACCUACGUUUUUAACAAACCCGUACACUUAUCAAAGAAGGCAGUUUAAUUCAGUGAAAAGAAGAUGGGCUUUUCCAAGAUCAUCUGCAGCAGCAGAAAUGGGAUAAAACGGUGUAAUGACACUGUCAAGUUUAACUCUGCCUCUUGCAGCGGCUCUGCUUCUCGCAACUAUUUCCUGGAUCUGAAGAAUUUCAUAGACUCCAACUGCUACGCCAGAGCACACAUGAUGCUGCCCUGGGGCCUCAGCGCGCUGCCUUCCUGACUGGUUUGUGUCAAUCAGUUCUAUCCGUCUUCAAGUAAUCUAGAAGAAUGUGGAUACUCUUAGGCGUGAAUGUAAAUGCCUUAAUAUUGGAGGUCCUGAUUAGAAGCAUGAUGUAAGACAUCCACUGGAUUCAUAUUUACAAAUAUCCUGGAAUGUUACAGCUUCAAAAUAUGUUGGGAAAAACCCAAAAGUGGUUUAAUCUUUAAGUGUGCAUGUUCAUUCAUUUCUGCAUCUUUCCUUCAACUUGCCUUUGCAUCUCAAAUGUUUCACUAUGCACACUUCCAUUCCUCUUUGGUUUCAUCUUGUCAUUAGGAGAAACGUACUGAAAUCAUCAUUGGAAUAUUUGCACUUUGCACAAUGACUGGUAUGAUAGCUCUUGACAAAUAAGGAAAGCACUGAAAUGUUCUGAUCGGGUCUCAGGAAGUGCUCGGGUUAGUGUAUUGCCAGCAUUUCCUCUGGGCUUUUGAUGUUGAGCUCUAGUCUCGUAGCCAUAAUGAGCAAAUUGACUGAGAGAAGCUACGGUUUCUUGGGGUUAUUAACCAGUAGUGUGGAAAUAAUAUUUUCAUGUGGCCAAGGAAAAGCAAAAGCUUUUCUUUUCAGUUUGUAGUGUUUGGAAGACAGAAGAACAUCUUGUCUACAUCCUUUGGCUGUUUGUAGGAUUACAUUGUCCUUAUGAUACUGAAACUUCACAGCUGCUGUAAAUUUUUUAUAAAUGAAUAUAAAAAUAAUAUAAUAGUAAUAUAGGUUGUUUUUCUACAUCCUCAUUAUUUGGACCUAGACCUAAAUUCAUUCUUACUAAGAAAGUUUAUUCUUUAUGACAUUAUGAUUCCAGAAAAGGAAAGAAAUGCUCUAAGUCCGUGGAAUCAGCUGUCUCUGGACUUAGUCCCCUCGUAAGAAAGCUGCCAAGUAUGUGGCAACAGCGGCCCUGACGUCCUCCAGCCGUCUUAACUGUCCUAAGAACUCUGGGUUCCAGACGAGAGGCAGGAAUUGAUCAGUCUUACUCCUUGCUAGAAAUGAUUAUAGUUUGGUAGCAGAAAACAAAGGAAUCUAUAAUUAGCAGAUUUCUUUUUAUUUUAACUAUUUGGAUAAAUUUGAAAGGGAUUUAUUGUUAGGGUUGGGAAUGAUAAAUAUGGACCCCCAGCCACUUGUUCCAUAUUGGGGUCUUUUUAAUCAAGCUCUGCCUCUUAACCAAGAAUCUAAAUAUUCCCUCUUUGUUCCUCCUCCCCACACCCCAUCCUCUUCCACUCUUCAUAACUCCUCUGAGAAAAAGAUCUUCGCAUCAGCAGUAAUAUCUUUUAGAAUAGCACUCAGAAUUUAGUAGUAAACCAACAUACUGGCUUCAGAUUUAUUUCUGAGUCCAAAAUAACUUGUGCUAUCCAGGGUACUUAACUCUGGGUUAAAUAAGUACAGGGUAUAGAUUCCCUCUUCAGGUCUAAACAGGAAUUUUUACUCUAGGGAAAAGUGGGAAGAGCUCAAAAGUAGUUAAUAAAGAAGGUAAUUUGUUUUUCUUUUACCUAAAAGGAAAGAAAAUUCCUUCUGUGACUACAGGUCUCUGAGAAACUAUCUUUCGGAAGAGAUUUCGUUGCUCAUAAGAGUGUUGUGGCCUAUUGAUAAAAACAAUUUUGUUCACUUUCUUGUCUUGAAAAAAAGUGGCCUUAGCUUUUUGCAAUACUUGAAUAAAGUGUGUACUCGCACAGCAUUAGAGACUCAUAACUUUUCUGCAAGAAGUUCAAACUUACAUCUUCUUUUACUACCUUAAGAAUACUAGUGAAUAAACAGUAAUUCAAAGAGCAAAUGAUAGAAACUACAAUGAUGUUUAAUGCAAAUUGUAGGAAUUUACAUGUUUACAAAUCAUCUUAAACUGGUUGUGCAGCAAUUCAAUAAAAUAUCUUUGUAUUAUAAAAAUGUGAAGAAAAAAAUGUAAACUGAUGUAAAGGAGGUACUAUCAUUUUAAUUAACCUAUGUUUAAUAGCUUUCCUUCCGGACUUUGCAAAGCCUUCUUGGGAAACACAUUGCAAAGUGUUCUCUGGGAGGCUCGGCCUCCGUGUGUGUACUGUAUCGUGCAGACAUGAAAAACAAACCCGUUUACUGUGUAUGUGUAAAUAGCCUGGUCACCAGGCCAUUUUCAGCCAAUAGUCACAUCCCGUGCAACUUUGCACAGAAGACUUAGGGUGUGGUUUGUAAGUAUGAUCUGUAAAAUAACUGGGAUGAAUUCCCAUGUAUACCUGUGUAAAUAAAUUUGUUAACUGAAAUGUACUUUCAGGAAUAUCUGUAAAUAAAUGAUUUAUAAAUUAAUUUCA